ACUUUUGGGCUUUACUAAAAUCAGAGGCAUAUAUAAAUAUAAAGCUGAUGAUCAAGUUGGUCAGCGUUAGUUGGAAGAAUAGUUUUCGCCAUGAAGGUUGGCCAGCGCACUCUUUUCUUAUGGAUCUUCCUUAUAGCUAUGUGGGAGUUCCCUGGUAGUUUCGGUGAUGAGGACUGCCUUAAAAAUCACAACUUGACCAGUGCUGAUUUGGAAGAAGUAAAUCCAUCUACUCCAGUUUCUGCUGUUCCCAUUAAUAUUAAAUGCUACAGCAGAUGUGUAAUUGAUGAAUAUUUCGGAGAAGAUGGGAAAAUCGAUCUAGAGAGAGUGGGAAAUCGAGGAACCGAACAGGAGAAGAUUGUUCUGGCUCAGUGUAAACAGCAAUUCGAUGACGUCACCGAUCUGGGCAGAUGCGACUAUCCAUAUCUGAUGCUUCAAUGUUUUUAUUUGGGCAAACGGAGCGGAACGAUCGCCCAGUAAUUUAACAUAUUCACGUAUAAAUAUAAUUAUAAUAAAUCCCCUCACCUAUUUACACAGGCACAAUGCUUUGAAAAAUAUA